CGGCGGCGGCAGCCACGAGUGGCAAUAGCAACAACGCCAAGGUUGAAAAGGCAUCAACGCGCGGCAGCGGUGCAGGUACAGGGGGCAAGUCCCGCGGGGCGGCGGAGGUGGAGGAGGCGCGGCGGUUUGUGUGGCGGCAGCGCGUGCGUGCGUUACGGCACGCCGACUACAUGCGCAUUGAGACGCUGCACUACCUGAAGCUCGUGGCCACGGCCAUCCCGCGCCUGCGACUGGUGUGGCGUGGCGAGGACUUCUGCGGCUGGGAGGGCGUCACCUGCACCGCGUUGCGCUACCCGAUUGAGGCGCUUGUCGACAUGCCCGCCGUCCUGCCGAAGCGGCCGGCGCGUGACAGCGGUGUGUCACGCAGCGGCGUCGAUGG